AUGGCUGCAGUGGGACCAGAGCAACUGCGAGAUGAUGGGGCCGAGACGGAGCUUGAACUGCGUCUCAGACAGCGCAUCGAAUUCGGCACGGCCGGUCUGCGGGGCCGCAUGGCCGCUGGAUUUGCCUGUAUGAACUCGUUGACGGUCAUCCAAGCAUCGCAGGGUCUCGCGAAAUUCAUAAAGACCCAACGCCCCGAGAUCGCCUCCCAGGGUGUGGUCAUUGGUCACGAUGCACGCCAUAACUCAGAUCGGUUUGCCGUGCUCGCUGCCAACGCUUUUAUUGCUUUGCAAAUCCCAGUCUGGUUCUUCGAACAGGAAGCGCCAACUCCCUUGGUUCCUUUUGGCGUGAAUCAUUUCAAGGCCGCGGCUGGUAUUAUGGUCACAGCUAGCCAUAACCCGCCUCAAGAUAAUGGCUACAAGGUAUAUUCAAGCAAUGGUGCUCAGAUCAACAGACCCGAAGAUGGGGAAAUUGCGCAGUCAAUCCUCGAAAACCUGGAGCCUUGGCCAACUGCUUGGGAAGACCAGCGCCCUAGCGAGUACUUGCAUGACAAGUCAUAUCGCGAACUACUUCCUUACUACGUCAAACAGGUUGAGCAAUAUGCUAGGUCAACUGUCUCCGACUGGAAGCCCCCACGACCCUUUGUUUACACACCUCUUCACGGGGUCGGUGGUCUAGUCCUGCCAACAGUGUGCCAAUCAUUGGGAAUCAAGAACUUCGUGUCCGUUCCUGCGCAGGAGAAGCCCGAUCCUGAUUUCCCAACUGUCAAGUUCCCAAACCCCGAAGAGGCAGGGGCUCUAGAUCUCGCCAUGGAGACUGCAGACAAAGAAGGAAAGACUUUGAUUAUUGCUAAUGACCCCGACGCAGACCGAUUUGCUGUUGCAGAAAAGGUCAAUGGCAAAUGGUUUCUCUUCACAGGAAACCACGUUGGCGUUCUCCUAGCCUCUCAUGUCUUCGACUCUUUGGAUACGAUUACAGAUUUAUCCAAAACAACGGUAUUAACGACAACAGUGUCUAGUGGCAUGCUUGGCAGCAUGGCGGCUGCCAAGGGAUGCCAAUUCAAAGAGACAUUGACCGGGUUCAAAUGGAUGGCGAAUGUUGCUCGGGACAUCGAGAAGGAUGGCCAAACUGUCCCCUUUGCUUACGAAGAGGCCCUUGGUUACAUGUUCCCUUCUGUUUGCUAUGAUAAGGAUGGCAUCACGGCAGCUGCAGUGUUCCUCGCUGCAGAGGCCAAAUGGAGAGACCAGGGAUUAACGAUUUAUGAUAAGCUCCAGCAAAUCUUCGCAACGCACGGUCAUCAUGAAACCAUGAACAAUUAUUUCCGAUCUCCGAACCCGGAACUGACCAUCAAAUUGUUCCAGGGUAUCAGAUGUGGCUCUUUCCUCGCUGACAAGAAAUUCGGUACUUUCAAGGUGUUGCGAUGGAGAGACCUGACUCAGGGUUAUGACUCCGCAUCUUCUAACAAUAAGCCGGAUCUGCCCGAAGACCCGACAAGUCAAAUGCUUACACUUUGGUUGGAUCGUGGUGUACGCUUCACAUUCCGCGGCUCGGGAACUGAGCCCAAGGUCAAAUUCUACAUUGAGAGUCAUGGAGACUCGCUUGACGAUGCGACGAAAGCAGUCUGCGAUGCUUUCAUGACUAUCUCAGAGGAAUGGGUCCAACGCUACACCCCUUCGAUGACGUGCAGCAAGCAGAUUCCCACCUCUUCCGGGCAUGUUUUAGAGCUGGAUCACUAG